UGCAGCAAGGUGGCCUUGGAGGAAGUGAAUCUACAUGCCACAGAUUGUCCUUCCAUAAGCUCAGGACUGCUCUACAUUAUGCCUGUGCCUUUGGCCACCCAGAACUGGUAGCUUUUUUAGUGAAGAAAAAUUGUAAUGUUCACCUCUGUGACCGUGAUGGCAACACACCAUUGAUGAAGGCCCUACAAUAUCUGGAAGAGAAAUGUGCAACUAUCCUUCUAGAAAAUGGUGCUGAUCCAAAUGCUCACAACAACCAAAAUGAAACUCCUCUUCACUUUGCUCUUUCUCUGAAGAAAACAUCACUAGCAGAAAAACUGCUUUCACUCAAUGCAGAUAUAGAAGCCAGAACUACGGUAUACACCAAACAUGAUUAUUUCCAAAAUAUUUAAAAUAUGUUUGUUUUAAGUGUGACAUUUUUCAACAAAUGUGGAUUUUUAAGCAGGGUUUUCUUGAUCAGAAUAAUGACAGUUAUUGAAAUUUCUGUCCAUCUUCUUCAUCAUUUUUAUCUCAUGAAUUUAUUUAAUUUACAUCUAAGCAUUGUGUCCAUAUUUAAAAUUAAGAUGACUGAUGCAGAAAUCUGGAAUCCAAGCUUCUUUUAAGAACCAAAUGAGGUCCCCUUUGAGCCAUGUUACUUGUGGUGUGGUGGGCAGAGAGUGCCUCCUACAUAGCAUAGAUGAGUGUUCUGUAGUUUGCGGCUGGCAAAAUGUAGCAUUUGCUCAGAUGAUCUAUUUUUCCUCAAUAAAUAAAUAUAUAACUCU